AUGCGUGCGUUUGUUGUCUGUGUGUUGUUGUUUAUUCACUGUGCGUACGCGCAGGUCUUGUACGAUGCAUUCUUCGGGAAGCCGCUGAAAACUGACAGAAGAAACUUCCUCAACUCUAUAAACGCGACGAGCUCAUGCACGAUCCUAGUGGAGCCAUGUAAGAAGCAUGAAGGCCGUCGCGUGGACGGGACCUGCGCUAACCCCAAGUACCCGUCACGUGGAGGUACUCGCACUCCCCUACUGCGGAUGCUGCCGGCCAGCUACGGGUUAGGUAACACGUUAAGGACAUCGUUGAACGGCUCGGAACUGCCGUCCACCCGACUCCUGCGCACAAAACUCCUGAGCGACGGUUACCCUACGGACCACAACUUUAAUUCUCUCGGCGCUCACCUUGGUGUCUUCUCUUUCAUAGACAGCGUCGACUUGAACGUCUUGUUCAGAUUCAUACUGGUGAGCGACUGCUGCAUCGGUAACACACCGAACCGCGUGAAUCCGCUAUGUAUCUCCAUACCGGUGGCGGCUGAUGACCCGUACCUGCGCCGUACCGGUAUCCGCUGCAUGAACCUCACGCGCCAAGAUACCUUUCAGGAGAGAGGCUGUGUAUCCAACACCAUACCGGCAGAAAGGUACAAUUUACCAACCCCGUUAUUAGACUUAUCUGUCGUUUACGGGUUUACGAAUGAGCGAGAAAGACAAAUUCGAGAAUACAAAGAUGGCUUACUGAAAUCAGAGAAACGCAACGGCCUGGAUUAUCCACCUGGCAAUGGAACCAUCUGUGAUGAGAUUGGCGCUAAUCUUCUCCCCGGUAUAUAUUUGAGUGCAAUGUGGUUCUUCCGGAAACACAAUCAUCUAGCACGAGAGCUGGCAGAGAUCAACCCAUGCUGGACAGACCAGGAACUAUUCGAGACAGCGCGGUACAUCAAUAUCGCGGAGUGGCAACACAUGUUUUAUUACGAAAUCAUGGCAGAGUUUUUAGGUAGGAAGAAUGCCUUAAGUACUGGAAUAAUACACGACACACAGGGAUACGUCAAUGAUUUUGAUGAGCAUUAUGAGCCAGGAGUCUACCACGAGUACGUUGUCGGAAGUCGCUGGUUCCAUACCUUCCAAGACGGGCGGAUGGAUUUGUACAGCAACAAAGGCGAGUACCUGGGCACCAGGCCAGCCUCAGAUAAUGGGUUACGCAGCGGUGUCCUUGAAGUCAAUAACACAGAGGCCGACCUCACACAGGGAGCGUUCCGUCAACCCUCACACAAGUUCGACUAUGUCAUAGAGCCCGAUAUGGCGGAGCGGGUAGCAGGUGAUCUGCAAACAGCACUUGACGUGUCAGCCGCGGACAUAUCGCGUGGCCGUGACCAGGGUCUGCCGCCCUACAACCAGUAUCGCAAGCUGUGCGGGCUGCCCUAUGCUCACAAGUUUGAAGAUUUCCACGACGUUAUAUUCCCAGAUAAAGUGGAACAAAUGCGUCGCAUAUACAACGAUGUAAACGACGUGGAUCUGAUGGCGGCCAUCUACAGUGAGAAGUUGAUCGAUGGUGGAUUCGUGGGACCGACGCUCUUCUGCAUCAUUGUGCAAAAUAUGCUGCAGUGGCGCAAGUCCGACAGGCAUUUCUUCGAACAUGGAGAUACACCGACUGCCCUCACGUUACCUCAACUGAAUGAAAUAAGAAAAUCAAGUACGGCCAGGCUUCUAUGUGACAAUGGAGAUCGAGUGCAUGAGAUCCAACCGAGGGCAAUAUUGAAUCCUGGACCCGGAAAUGAAAUAAGAUCUUGCAAAGAAAUUCCCUCGGUGGACCUGACCAAAUGGACAGACGACCGGUGUUUCCAUAAGGACGAUAAACAAAACAGAGAAGAAUACACGCAACAUCAGAACACCGCGUACCAGUUAUGGGAGUCGUACAAUUAUGACAAGAAGUAG